AUGGCACUGAACCAAGAUGAAGAAACAAGGGGGAAAGACUCCAAGGGGAAGGAAAUAGCAGCUGGAAACAGUAGACGAAUCACAAGGCCCCCACUCAGUUUCUUAGCGAUUCUCUACGAACACGGCAUAGCCCUCGACACUUCUUGUCCUGACCAGCUCUGUCAGCAGCUUUAUGACGGUGUUCUCUUGAAGCCCAACAAACUGCGGGAAAGACAUAUAGAAGUGGCUGAGCUAUUGAAGAUAUGUUGGUUAGAGAUUGGAGGCGCUAUCCGAACAAUUAAUCUCUCACCAGGAACUUUGUACGAAAUUGUAUUUAUCCUGAUGAAACGUAACAACGACUCACAGUUCAAUUUGGAUCUUACAAUCAAACCCCAACACUCAAAAGCUUUGAAGCGCUCUGAAAGUUUAGAAGACAAGCCUCUGAACAAUUGGUUUGAGGUCUUGGUAGGUGAGUUCGUGUUGUCGGCACAGUACGUUGGAUACAUGGAAUUCAGCCUGGGGCAAUAUGAUGGGGACUGGAAGCACGGACUUGUCGUUAAAUGUGCUAUCAUUCGACCUAAGAACUACUUGAAGCUGUUAGAGAUAGAUCCUUUGAAGAUUAACUUGGGAUUCAAAUUUGAGUUGAAACAUUCGUAUUUGUUAUACGGGACUACAAAUUUGGUGUUUCAAUUGGUUGCUUGUUCAAUUCCGUUCGUUCAUCAAGAGCUUGAUUGUUUCCUUGGAAUCUUGUUGGUUCGAGCAUGA